GAUGUUCGUCCCGAAUGGUUCACUCGAUGAGCAACAAGUGGGUAUAGCCCAAUGGGAAACUGCACACUCGCACCUUCCCAUCCAUCACUCCACGCCUAUCCAUCACUCCACGCCUAUCCAUCACUCCACGCCUAUCCAUCACUCCACGCCUUUACUGUACGGAGUAUGGAUUUACCUCGGCUGAAGAUCC